GAAACCACCGCAGACGCGUGCGCCUAGCGCAAUUUUCGCGGUAUGGAUUUUCCUAUUGAAUCGGCAGAGGUGGAUGCUGAAGGAGCAUGGCUAGAACACCCCAACAUGCCGUUCCACAGCCCUUCUGAUGACCGGUAACGGCUAGAUAGAUAUGCCUCCGCGACUGUCACUGCGCAGAAUUUUUCUGUGCGUGCUUUGCUGCGGAGGUGCAGUGUUUCUAAUUCUUUCUAUCCAUCAGCGUUGGACAUGGCCGCCGACGAUAAGCCCUCCGACACGUACAACCGAGGCACAAAUUGCUUACACUGCACAAAUUUUAACGCAGCGCGUACAAACCGAACCGGCGAUAAAAGAAGAGGCGAGAAGAAAGCCGUGGUAUUUCUCUCGCGGAUUAGACUUUCCGGAACCGGCCAAAGGCGAGACGGACCUUUUCCCCGACCAGACCGAUGGCGAUCGCAUACUUCAGCAGCUUAUGUACGUUCCCGAGAACUACGAAGGAUUUGAUGAGCCCACAAAACUUAUUCUGACUUACAACGGAUUGGGGACGUGGGGACAGAUGCCGGGCUCCGCUGCGUUUCACGGCUGUCCAGUUAAUAGAUGCGCGUUGGUAGCGGAUAAGAAUAGAGCUGUUGACGCGGACGCAAUUUUAUAUAAAGAUCAUUUCAUACAUCCUGGUCAGACUCGGCCUAGCAAGCAGAUAUGGAUUUUGUAUUUAUUGGAGUGUCCGUAUCACACUCAGUUGAUUAAAUUUCCCAACGUAUUCAAUUGGACGGCAACUUAUCGAAAGGACAGCGAUUUAGUAACUCCAUAUGAAAGGUGGACCUACUAUGAUCCUCAGGUAACGCAGAAGCCUCAAGUUAGAGACUACGCGGCGAACAAGACAAAGAAAGUGGCGUGGUUUGUAUCAAAUUGCGGUGCUCGUAACGGACGUUUAGCUUACGCGCGCGAGUUAGGAAAAUAUAUUUCGGUAGAUAUUUACGGCACUUGCGGUCCACUGAAGUGCCCGAGAACGGACCAUCGAUGUUUUGAAAUAUUAGAACGCGAAUAUAAGUUCUAUUUGGCGUUUGAAAAUUCCAACUGUCGCGAUUACAUUACGGAAAAGUUCUAUGUGAACGGUUUGGGACAAGCGGUUCUGCCUAUCGUGAUGGGCGCGAGACCGGAAGAUUACGAGAAAAGCGCUCCCCAAGGGUCGUACAUUCAUGUAGAUGAUUUUAAUAGUCCUAUAGAAUUAGCAGCCUACCUCCAUCGGCUCGAUAAGGAUGACGAUCUUUACAAUUCUUACUUCAGGUGGAAAGGAACUGGGGAAUUUAUUAACACAUAUUUUUGGUGUCGCCUUUGUGCAAUGUUACAUUCGCCAUUGUCCGUGAGACACUACGAAGAUAUAAACGACUGGUGGCGAGGGCCAGGUGUGUGCACAGGAUCGUCUUGGAGAAAUCCACCACAUUAGCUGUACCUAAUUUUCUAGUAGGUAAAUUUACUUAUAGGAUAGAUUGUUGCAAUUGUAUUGUAUUAUAAAUGAUUAUUAUUUAUUGUUACCUAUUUUUAAUUUCUAAAGUUACCGUUUAACAGCACAUUUAAUUCUGCCAAAGUAUGCAUACAAUCAUUAAAUGACUGAAUUAAGUAUGUAAAUUUCUACCAACAAUGUUAGUGGGUAUAUUAGUACUUGUAAACAUCACAAAUGUAAAAAUGUUCUUUAAGAUUAAUUUUGUAAAUGGGAAGUUUACGUUUAAUAAUUUAAUUGAUUAAAUUGUUAAUUAGAUAAGAACACUUUUGUGAAUACUUUCACUGGCAAUCAAAACUGCCUCUCCUGAACUCCA